CCAAAGUACUCCGGGCGGCCCUGGAAGUAAGCGUCGCAUGGGCGGUGCUGUCAGCCUCGGCAUCUUCCUGGUGGCAGUCGCUGGAAUCACAAUGGUGGUUCUGGGAUUAAGUUACGCGAAAACCUUCGACAUAAACGGACCCACUCUAGCCGGCGAAACGGAGGAAGUCCUGGAGGCGAGGCCGCGAGCGAGCAGACGGCGGGCAUUCGUACCCGUGACGGAAAGGCAGACGUCAUCGUCGCAGUCGUUAUCCUGCGCUGACGACGACAGCGACGAGAGCGACCGAUGUGGCGACACCGGCACUGCCACCGCCAGCACCGGCACCACCAGCAACACCAGUACCACCAGUACCACCAGCGGCGCAAGCGAGAGCAACGUCGGUGACGUCGCCGAACCGACGGUGGUCCCGUCGGCGGAAUGGCUUGAUGAAGACGAGGACGCCGAACCACUGCGGAUGGAAGAAAUCUUGCCUAUGCCGACGCCUGCGAAGGCCACUGCUACUGAUACACUUGCGCCAGAGGAUGACACCGCUUCACCGAACAUAGGCCGGCAGCCAAAGUCGGGGCUCAGAACGAAGGAUUCAGCAGCCAAAGGCUCCGAGGCCAAAGAUCGCGUACCCAAGCGUGCCGGAAAAAAAUAUCCCUUAACCAAGGGCCCCUACACCAAAGGCCCCUCCACCAAAGGACACCGAGGCAAAGGUUCUGUGGCGAAGAGUCCCAGGAACAAGGGUCAUGUAACCAAGCGCAUCACCAAACGGGGCCACAAAGCAGUCACGGGGUCCACAAAGCAGAGUAAGUUAUAGCGCAUGGGGCUUUGGUUUUACACCGUAAAGUGUAUUCAUCUUCUGACAAUGUUAUAAUCGGUAGGAUUCCUGUGUGCAGCUUAAAGAAAAAAAAAAAGAGAGAGAAAAAGGGUUUAACUCCUGGCGCUAUGACCAUUCUUUUAAAGCGUUUACAAGCAUAUUUUCCUGGUCCUGUGCAAUAUAAUUCACGCUAUACGAUCAUCGUCAACACAUCAACGAGGUCAUUAUAGUAAAUAACAAUAAAUUGUGGGGCUUUACGUGCCAAAAUCACGAUCUGAUUAUGAGGCACGCUGUAGUGAGGGACUCCGGAAUAAUUUGGACCACCUGGAGUUUUUUAACGUGCACCUAAUUCUAAUUACACAGGCGUUUUCGCAUGUCGACCCCAUCAAAUGCUGCCUCUGUGGUCGGGAUUCGAUACCGCGACCUCGUGCUUAGCAGCGCAACACCACAGCCACAAAGCAACCACGGCAGGUAACAAGGUCAUUGUACAGCUUCUUACGUGACACCUCAUUCCAAUAUUGCAAGGAAGUGACAAGAAACGGAAAGAUAAAAACCACCUCUUCCGGAUGUCCCCGUACUAGUAUACUUGCGCACAUGCCAAAGACACCAAACUCAAGACCCAAUCGAAUU